CAACUCUCACCAGAUAAAUGACGACUUUGUAGGAGGAGCCUAGGCGUUCAAAAUGCAAACAGAAGAUCUGAUUCUUCUCAACGUUCGCUGAUUUAUUGUCCUGGUCGGUUGUCUUGUAACAGUUACUCUUGUUUUUAUAUAGCUUCCCUCAUCUCCAUUUUAUUAUACACAUUAAAUCUGAUGCAUUUUAUAAUGCUCCUUUGUUUUAGUUCUGAAGGUUUGCUGCGAGAUACUCACCCCUUUUGUGACCAACACUCUUUCCGGGGAUUUGAAUCCUAGUUUUUGUCAAAAUAUAAAAAAUGGACGAAUGAAGAUUUAAAUGCGGCGCGACUCGAAGGAUUUCUUUGUGUUUCGAUACCGACAGGUAAGGGUGUUCGCCGCCCUGGAAAAAUCUGGCCAACAUCAGGAUUGCUAUGAAGUACCAUGGACUCGCGGAGAGCCAGCGGCUGGCGGAUUUGCUGGAGGACGCGCUCGCCAAGGAAAAGCGUCUCUGGAAGGUGCCCGUCUUCAAAAACGGCCAAAUCCUAGGUACGGAUAUCUCGCAGUCCCAAUAUCAAGAGGUGAUCUUGUGGCUGGGUAGACUGAGCAAAUUGUUUAGGUUUUACCCGGAGACCUGUGCGCUUGGAGUAUGUAUCCUCAACAGGCUUCUGGCUUCAGUGAAGGCACAGCCCAAAUAUCUACGAUGUAUUGCAAUCACCUCCCUGAUACUUGCUGCUAAAGUCAACGAAGAAGAUGAGGUGAUUGCGUCGGUGAAGGACCUUGCGGCGCGGAGCGGAUGCAACUUUUCGACGGCGGAGAUCCUUCGCAUGGAGCGGAUCAUUCUAGAUAAACUGCGCUGGGACCUUUACACUGCAACGGCAAUCGACUUCAUUCACAUCGUAAGUAGCAGGUUGUCUUUCACCCCAACCCCGCCCCCACCCCCACCCCCCCACUCAAAUCUAAAAUAUAUAGAUUACAAAAAAGCACAAGGGAACCCAUGCGUCAUUUUGGUCACAAGCACAGCUGGAAAAAAAAAACGCCUCACUAAUGGAGUCUUGGUCAGAGAAAUUGUGCCUCCAUUUUGUUUUGCAGCUUGGCACCUCUGGACAGGAAUGCCAUGACAGUCAAAAGGCGAUUAUACUGAGCUCUGGGUCCGUUUGGCAUUUGUGCAGCGCCAGCCAGCAUUUGCAAAAUGUCACGCUGAAUAUUGAGAAUUAAGCUGGAAUUUCAGGCCGAGGCACUUUGUUACUACUUCUGUUCAGUAAUAAGAAAGCACAGGCCUUUGCAGUGUGCAGGGGGGGGGAAAAAAAACCAUCCAGAAAUAAUUUAAUCCUUCUCUAAGUUAUGUACAUAAAAUGUGUAAAUAAGAAAAUAAAGCUUUGAGAAUUAAAUACAUAAAUUUAAGCUGCAUCUUUGUACUUUUUUCUUUCCCAUAUAAAGAGGAAGAGACUGCACCACACUGCUUGGCCGGCUUCAGAAAUGGCUUUCUUUGAAUCCUUUUGAAAGUAAACGUGAUUGCGUCUGUACUUCAAAAUUUCACCCUCACAGAACUGUCAUUUUUAUCCCGUGUUCAUUGUUGUAUGAUUAAUUCCUACUUCAGUUCAUCAUUUACAAACGACACCAACAUCAUACAAGUAUAGUACAGUUUAAAAAAAA